AUGCAUGUUAAUUAUGGAUUCGAUGAUCUCUUAUGAGUUCUAUGAAAAUAUGAUAUGGCAAGAGAUAAAUAUGCAAAUUUAGCUCCGUUUUCAUUUAAAGAUCUAUAUUGCUUUAAUUGUAUUUGCUUCGAAGACGAAAUGCUGAUGGGAACCUCAAAAGGUUACCUAUAUUUGUAUGAUUUCUACACAAAUAGCUAUUCUAAAAUUGCAGUAUUUGAUAGCACUAAAAUUGGAACAUUUAAUGAUAUAAUAAAAUAUAUACUUCUGUCAGGAAGAACAAAUGCUUACCGCAUAGAAUCGAAGGGAGAUAUUUAUGAGAGUGGGUUUAAGAACCCUUAUAUUUGGUAUAAGGUGAGAAGAUCGGAGUUUCCAGAAUGAUUUUUUGGCUCAUCGUGAACAUAUUACAAUAAUUUUAUAUUCAUAAGAGAGAGCUCUUUAAGCGAAUUCGAUAAUAUAAAGGCAGAAAGCAUUUACUUUGAAUUCAAUUUGGAAGAUAAGACGCUUAAAAGAAAAAAGGUUGCUAAAAGAAAGUGUCAAAUCUUUUAA